AUGGAAUUGAGUAGAGACGACGGUGCCUCCCGACAAGACCCAGGCUCUGGUCGCCCGUUCAACCUCAAGAACAUGCCUGGAAUGCAGGAAUCCAGCACCAACUCAUCUCCGUCGCGUGCGGCGUCCACCAAGCAGAAUCCCCUCAAGAAGAUCUACGAAAAGAACCACCCGGAUCUUCCGGACGAGAAUCUGUAUCAGGAUGGCAGCAACAUGGACAGGCUUCCAGAGCUCGGACAGCGGAGACGCCUUUCCGUGCUCACCCAUACUGCAGCGCCGCUGCCAGCGUUGCCAGGAUCCGCCAGUCGGCGCAUAUCACUCGGCUUUGGUGGUGGAGAGACCGACCCACCUAUCCAACAGAGGGCUCGCGCCCGCAGCGUCGUCGCUGCUCCCACCCAUGAGCCUGAAGUACCAAGUCCGCAGCGGUUUCGCGGGCGGCGGGCCAGCGCCUCCGUUUUCUCCAAGAAUGAGAAGCCAAUGUUGUCUCUCGAUCCAGAUAUAGCACAGCGUGCGUCCAUAUUGGCAUCAAAGGGCCCGCGGCUUGUCCCAGACGCGGGCGAAGACCCCGGUAAUCCAAGACUGCCAAAGAUGAGGUCCAGGACGGUUUCGGGCGAAGAUGGCGUUGGGCUCGACAGCAGGCUCUUCGGCAAACUCAAAAAGUAUGCCGAUGCACUCGAGUCUGAUGACAGCGUCCCGCGCUCGGCUUCGGAUGCCGUGGAGCAACCUCCUUCAAGUGACAGGCCAACCUUUACACGGCGAAGGUCCAUCACGGCUGACAUACUGGAUUUUGCGCUGCCGCCCAAGCCGACAAUAUCAUCCCGCCUCCAGAACCUCGGCAUGUCCAUUCGUCAGUACUUACAAGAGUCCAUCAUGGCGAACCAGCGAUCCUCGGCGACAAUCAAAAAGUUCAAGGCGGCUGUGCGGCGAGCCAUCAUAAUAUGGCUCACUGCCCGGGCAUUCAAGUGCUCGCUCCAACAUGACGGCGCCGAAGUCUGCCAUGGGUUAUCGGGAAUGUGGGAAAGCACGGUGCUCUCGACGGAGGUUCGAGCGCUGUUUGCACGGCCCCAGUUUACAUGGACAAACGAGGACUGGAAGAAGCUCAAAGACACUCUCAAUGCCAUUCCAGGAUGGGCUCUCCGGUUCACGGACGAGAUCAGGGAGAUGCUGAUUGCCCGGAUGACGCUCGAAAUGCACACGUCUGGGACGGUGCUGUUUCGCAAGGGCCAUCGCGCUGAUGGCUGUUAUCUGUUGAUCAAGGGACAGUGCAAGGCUGCCGGAGCCGACGACAAAGACUUCUUCCGACCUGGCGACAUGAUCGGCGAGACCGAGUUCUCGGUCGAGGACAAGACGGUUCUCAGACGCCCAAACACCAUCGCUUGCCAAUCCGACUGUGCCAUGAUGCACAUUGGGGGCGACGACUUUCUGGAGAUCAUGGACAUCGAGGGCCAUGCGGUCAAAAAGGCCGAUCUCAUCAUCGAGCUCUUCCAGACACUGCCGUUGUUCAGCGGAUGCUCGCGGAGGACCAUGUCGUUUUUCGCCCAAGCAUGCGAGACCGUCUUUGUCGAUGCCAAGCAAGUUGUUUUGACCCAAGGCGACCCCAUCCGGUAUCUGUACAUCAUUCUCACAGGAACCGUCGACGUUAUCAAGGUCAUAUAUCUCACCCGCCACGACGACAACUACCAGCUGGUCAGGCUUCGCAGCGAUGAAUAUCAGUCGCUUUACAGGGACUCAGGCCAUGUCAAGGAGAAGCUGCUCAGCAUCCGAUCUCUCAAAUCGGGCGACUCCUUUCCGUAUAUCUCGCCGGACAUCCAUGCGCCCACAGACGUUUCGUUUGUCGCUGCAAUGAAGGGCGAGUACCUCAAGAUCAAACUGCCUUGGAUGGUACUGCUUCACAUAUCUUCAACCGACCUGUGGAGCCAGUCCGACAUAUAUGACGAGGACGAGGGUGCUGAGCUCCGUGCUCGUUUGGCCGACCAGCACGCCGAGUCAGAGGCACAGAUAGCCCUGAUCGAGGAGACAUACUGUCUGCAGAAGAACAAGGAGAUUGCCAAGCGAAAUCUCAGGAAAGAUCUGCUGCCCGACCUCUCGACUCUGGCUGAGAGCGAGUCCAAGACGGAGCGCCUCCCUGACCUCGCCACGGCCCUUCCCCAUGGAGACCUCAGUCGCCGUCGGGCCGGCUUUUGA